AUGCAAGAUGAGGAGCUCUUUUAUAAAUUGAUCCUUUCGUUGUUGAAAGAAAAGAUGCAGCGAGUGUCUCGUAGACCUGCAAUAGAUAUAGAAACAAGAUUCUCUGUAACGCUUUUGUAUUUUGCUCAAGGGUGCAACGUACAAGUUCUGGGGUGGGCCUAUAAACUCGGUAUUUCAACUGUCCGUAAAAUAAUUUAUGAGACUUGUGAAGCUUUGUGCACUGAGCUUGGACCCAUCUAUGUUUCAACGCCGAAUGUUACAGAAUUUGAGAAAAUUGCUAAUGACUUUUAUUUAAAAACCGGUUUGCCAAAUUGUGUAGGAGCUAUUGAUGACAAACAUAUUUAUAUGUAUUGCCCAAGGAGAAGUGGUUCACUCUACUUUAAUUAUAAACAAAGAUUCAGCAUCACAUUAUUAGCGGUUUGCGAUGCUGAUUAUACAUUCACUUAUGUUGACGUCGGAGCGUUCGGAUGCCAAAGUGAUGGUGGAAUAUUCAGCAGAACUGCUUUUGGUAAAGAAAUUUUGAACGGAACUUUAGAAAUGCCACCUGACCGUCCUUUACCUAAUACAUCAAUAAAUUUCCAGCGUUAUUUUGUAGCUGAUAAUGCAUUUUCCUUAAAAAGAAAUUUAAUGCGACCAUUUCCUGGCCAUUUUUUGCCAACAGAUAAGGAAAUAUUUAAUAGAGCUUUAUCGCAGGCUCGAGUAUACAUCGAAAAUGCAUUUGUCGUAUUGGCUAAUCGAUGGCGAGUUCUGCAUACAUGCAUGCAAAUCCUGAGAACGUUGGUAAAAUUGUGUUAG